AAGGAGGGUGAGAGGAUGCAUGAAUUGGGAGAGGACAUGAGGUGGGUCUAUUACCUCACACUCAUUGACCUAAUGAGACAAAAGAGUCAUUCUCACCCCUCCCCUCCAUUAUGCUCGUCCCUGUCAUCAAGAAAAGAGGGAGAAGACUCUGCAACUCCAUUGUUCCAUAGCCAAACUCGAGCUCAACCAUUAGAGGUCCAAAAAGAGGUGUUUGAAGAAGAAAAAGAUAGGAAAAAGUGUGGAGAAUUAAAGAGCAUAACUAAGGUGUUUCUAGAGUUCGUCGGAGUUUCACCGGAGUUUCACCGGAGUUCGCCGGAGUUUCGUCGGAGUUCAACUGAGAAGCGUAGAAUACGCUAAAAGCUCAUUUAAGGUUGAAGUUAAGGCUUGUCAUCUACACCUUUGCACGGGUGAAGAGAAUCCAGAGGAAGGCGUAGUUCGUGCUCCCUCUACUAUUUCAAACGAUAAACAAUGCUCAUGGAUACUUUUGUAUUAAUAAAUUGUUUUUGCCUGCGAGCCUACGUUUUGGCCAUGUGUGGCCCACAAUUGAUUAUUAAAUAUUUCCGCUAUUCAAUUUAAUCAA